GAGAUAUAUCAGGAAAGGCAUCCCCAAUGAACACCGUGCAUUGGUCUGGAUGAUUGUGAGUGGGGCUCAAGCCAACAUGGAGCAAAACCCUGGAUACUACCACAGACUGCUUGAGGGAGAGAAAAAUGACAAGCUGGUUGAAGCAAUCAAAACAGACAUGAACAGAACAUUUCCAGAUAAUGUCAAAUUCCGCAAAACUGCAGAUCCCUGUUUGCAGCAUACGCUCUACAACGUGCUGGUAGCGUAUGGGCAUCAUAAUAAAGCAGUGGGAUACUGCCAGGGCAUGAAUUUCAUAGCUGGAUACUUGAUUCUUAUUACAAAGAACGAAGAGGAAUCCUUUUGGUUGUUGGAUGCUCUUCUUGGAAGAAUAUUGCCUGAUUAUUACAGCCCCGCGAUGACYGGCCUGAAGACUGACCAGGAGGUUCUCGGAGAGCUCGUGAAGAUGAAGGUUCCCGCGGUGGCGGAGCUCCUGGAGAGGCACGGAGUCAUGUGGACCCUGGUGGUGUCGCGCUGGUUCAUCUGCUUGUUCAUCGACAUCCUCCCUGUCGAGACUGUGCUCCGCAUUUGGGACUGUUUAUUCUAUGAGGGGUCAAAGAUUCUCUUCCGCGUGGCCUUGACGUUGAUUAAGCAGCACCAAGCUUUUAUUCUGGAAGCCACGAAUUUCCCUGACAUUUGUGAUAAAUUUAAGGAGAUCACCAAGGGGACGUUUGUAACGGAGUGUCACACUUUCAUGCAGAAAAUAUUCACGGAGCCGGGCAGCUUGUCCAUGGCCACAAUCAGCAGGCUCCGGGAGAGCUGCGGUGAGAGGCUGCUUGCUCAGGGAUAACUCACCAGGCUCUAAGGACACGUUGACACAUUCCUCUCCUUGCACUGACUACAAGCACACUUGAAGCUUUCCGUGAGUUGACUGACAUGUGACCAAUUCUUUUUUUCCCCUGCCUUUUAAGUGUUGUUAAGUUUGUACUGUAUGUCAGACUUGCUACUGGAAACUGGUGGUUUAUUUUGUGUCUUUUUCUUGGAUUAAAAAGUGUUUUCCGAGUAGAAUGUGACUGGUGUCAGGAUACUCCUUCUAAAAAUAGUCCCUGUCCUUGUCUCUUCAGGGCAUUUUGCAAUGCUAGAGAAAACAGGUGUAUGGAAUUACAUAUCCUUCCUCCUGUAUUAACUGUGACGCCUAUAUCAUUUGUACAAAAUAAAUAAUUUAAUUUGUCAAAA